AUGGCUGAAGCGAGUCAGUUCAAUCGGCAUAUUGAAUCGUAUGUCGACGUGUCGCGUUCCUCUGCUCAGCAGGGUGCAAGCUUGGAUGCGAUUAUUUCUCUCUUGAAGAAUGAUGUAGUGACAAUAGCGUUAUUGGUUAGGGACAUGGACAUGUACUUGACCACCGCCGACAACGUAAUUCGUGCAAGAGGUAUUCUUCUGCUAGGAGAGACCCUUAUGCAGCUACACUCGAAGCCACUGGAAAAUUCUACAGUGCACAGCUUGAUAACCUUUUUCACGGAUAGACUGGCAGAUUGGCGAGCUUUACGUGGUGCCGUUGUUGGCUGCUUGGCAUUGAUAAGAAGAAAAAGUUUCGGCGUGGUCAGUGCAGAUGAUGCUGUGGCAGUUGCCAGGUCUUAUGUACAACAUUUGCAGGUGCAAUCUUUGGCACAACAUGACAGGAAGCUUUGCUUUGAACUUUUGGAGUGCCUGUUGGAGCGCCAUAGUCACGUUGUCACUUCAGUCCAAGACCAUGAUUUUGUUUAUGGAAUCUUAGCAGCUAUUGAUGGGGAAAAGGAUCCGCAGUGCCUAAUGCUAACAUUCCAUAUUGUGGAACUUCUUGUGAAAGCAUAUCCACAUUCUUCUGGCCCAGUUUCAAGCUACAUUAGUGACAUCUUCAGUAUUUUGGGCUGUUACUUUCCCAUUCAUUUUACACAUCCAACAACUGAGGGCACUGAUGUGACAAAGGAUGAUCUUUCGACGGCACUAAUGAUGGCAUUUGCUGCGACACCACUUUUUGAGCCCUUUGCUGUUCCUUUGUUGCUUGAGAAACUCUCCUCAUCCCUGCCAUCAGCAAAGGUUGAUUCUUUGAAGUCCUUGAAUUACUGUGCAACAAAAUAUGGCACAGAUAGAAUGGGAAAACAUGCUAAAGCUAUUUGGUCUUCUUUAAAAGACACAAUAUAUGCAACAGGACCAGAGCCGCCCUCAUCUUUUUCUCUGGAUAGUCAAGAUGCUAUGGAGAAUGAAAUACCUACAGAAGCUUUUGGACUGUUGGAAAAGAUGAUAUCUCUAGACAAUGGGCCAUUCGUCAGUUUAAUUACUUCUGAUGAAGACAUAAACACAGUUUUCAACACCAUUUCUAGUUAUAAUAGUUAUGACAAGAUUCCCUUGCAUAACAAACGGAGACUACUUGUCAUUGGUCAUAUCUUGUAUGUUUCAGCACAAUCUUCUGUUUCUUCCUGCCAAAAAAUUGUUGAAUGUUUCUUACCACGGCUGAUGGAGGGGUUGGAGCUUUCACUUGAUAGUACAUCUUCUCAUUUGUGCAAUUCGAAUGAAAAUGGUGUUCUCUCCAGAAGAACAAACUUUGGGUCUCUUUAUCUGUCCAUCGAACUUCUCAAGGCAUGCAGAGAUUUGAGAAUCAGUAAAGAGGAUCUUGUGUGUCGAAUCAAUUCCCAAAAUGACACUUGGUGCUGCUUACUUCAACGCGUCUGUGGGCCUUUGAGUGAGACUUUCAGUUCUUUCUUGGAAAAGAACGAACCUGCCAAUGAUGACUAUUUAUGUCUUGCAGUGAAAGGGUUGCAGGUGCUUGCUUUACUGCCUGGAGGCAAUUUACUAAUAUCAAAUUCAACCUUCGAAGUUAUUUUGGGGAAAUUGGUUUCCGUUGUUCUGGAGGAUUUCAACAAGAUAUACUUGUGGAGGCUAGCAUUGAAAGCGCUUGUAGAUAUCGGCAGAUUCAUUGAAAAUUUUGAUGAAGUAGACAAAGAAAUGAGAUAUAUUAAUGUUGUUGUUGAGAAAUUUGCUCACUUGGUGUCAUCUACUGAGUUUGAUUUGCCACUGAGACUCAAACUUGAAGCCUUGUCCAAUGUUGGCAGAAGUAGCCUAAAAUAUAUGAUACAGAUUCUCCUAAAACUGGAAGAGGUUAUAACUACCAAUCUGAUUGCCAUUUACGUUGAAGGUAACAUAACUUUGGCCAAGACUACGAGUCAGCUUUUGGAAUGUUAUUCAACCGAGCUGAUCCCAUGGAUGCAGAAUAAUGAAGGAUCUGAGGAAAUGUUGUUAAGAUUUGCUGACAGCAUCUGGAAGACAAUAGAGAGCCUGCCUCUCACUGUUUGUGUAAAUAAUAAAGAACUUCUUGAUGCAAUGAUUAAAGUGAUGAAGCUUGCUGUGGCAUGUUGUGGGGUGGAAAGCCAGAAUUUAAUUGUUAAUAAGGCUUAUAGUCCAUUUUCAUCGAUAAUUUCUUUCCCAAUACCCUUGGAAGAGUUCAAACUGACUCAAGAAAUAGACAAAUUGUCCAACAGGGAUGAUUUGGUCCUCUCAUUAUUUGCAUCAGUGGUUAUAGGACUUCAUCCUCAAGCUGAAGUUCCAAAUCUGAGAUCAAUUGCACAUGUAUUUAGGGUUUUCUUCCUCAAGGGUAAUGUUAUUGCAGCUCAGGCAUAUGGUUCUAUGGUUAAUAAGUUGAAUCCGAAGUCCAGUGUAACAGAGACUUUAGAGGUGUUUACCCUUGAGCAAGCAAUAGAUAUGAUUUUUAGCAAAGAUUCCUUGGACUCUUUUGAUGAUGCCAUCACUGGACUGGCAUGGAUAGGGAAAGGUCUACUCAUGCGUGGCCAUGAGAGAGUUAAGGACAUAGUUAUGCUUCUCCUGAAGUGUUUACUGGAAUAUGGCAAGACAAGUUCUUUGCCAUUGAAGCAAUAUUCAUCAGAUAACUGUCUUGAAGCAAAUGAGUGUUUUCCAUCUGUGGCAGAAUCUGCCGCUGAUGCAUUUCAAAUUCUUGUGAGAGAUUCAGAUCUUUGUUUGAACCGUGAGUUUCAUGCAAUGGUACGCCCUCUUUACAAGCAAAGAUUCUUCUCUAUCAUGAUGCCCCUACUGGAAUCUCUGAUAGUUAACUCCGAGUCACCACUCUCCAGAUGCCUGGUUUAUCGGGCUUUUGGCCAUGUUAUAUCUGAAACUCCUCUCGUGGCAAUAUUGAACGAUGCGAAAAAGUUAGUUUCACUGCUGGUGAAUGGCAUGAGCAUGUUGAGUAAUUAUGCUUCUGAGAAAGAUGGUCUGUACAGUCUCUUGCUGGUGUUAUCAGGAAUACUGACAGAUAAUACUGGACAAGAAGCGGUUAUAGAAAAUGCUCAUAUCAUCGUUAAUUGCCUUGUUCAGCUCAUCGGGUAUCCUCACAGGAUGCUUGUUAGGGAGACUGCAAUUCAGUGUCUCACUGCUAUGUCUCAGCUGCCUUACACAAAGAUUUAUCCCAGAAGAAUUCAGGUGUUGCAAGCUGUGUCUAAAGCUCUAGAUGACCCAAAGAGAGUCGUUCGUCAAGAGGCUGUCAAAUGUCGGCAAGCAUGGGCUUCUAUUGCAUGA